AUGGAGCUAACCCAAGUAUCUCAAACUCAACCAACUCAACAAUCACCAUUAACUCAAACACAAAAUAAAUUAGAUCAAUCAAAUCCAAAUCAAAUAUGUCAAUUAUUAUGUUCAACAGGACAAUAUUCCAAUAAAAAAUUGAAUAUAACUGAUAAAUCUGAAAUUAAUGGUAAAAUAACAUGGUAUUUUGGAAGAUCUAUUGAAUCAGAUCUACAAUUAAAUUCUUCUUCAAGAUUAUCAAAUAAACAUUUUCAUAUUUGGUUUAAUUUAACUGAUAAAUCUCUUUGGAUUAAAGAUACUUCAACAAAUGGUACUUCAUUAAAUGGGAGUAGAUUAGUUAAAGGUUCAAAUUAUUUAUUAAAUCAAGGUGAUGAAAUUAGUGUUGGAAAUGGUAUACCAAAAGAUGUUGUUAAAUUUAUUAUAAUUUUUACAGAUAAAUAUAAUCCUGCAUUAUCGCCAGAUUCAAGUAUAAAAGAUCAAGGUAUAUAUAAAGAUUUUAUCAUAAAAAAUGAAACUAUUGGACAAGGAGCUUUUGCAACUGUUAAAAAAUGUAUUGAAAGAUCUACUGGUAAUGGAUUUGCUGUUAAAAUUAUAAAUAGAAGAAAAGCUUUAAAUACAAGUGGAGGUGGUAAUGCAUUAGUUGGAGUUGAUAGAGAAUUAUCAAUAUUAGAAAAAUUAAAUCAUCCAAAUAUUGUUUCCCUAAAGGCAUUUUAUGAAGAUCAAGAAAAUUAUUAUAUAGUAAUGGAAUUAGUACCAGGUGGUGAUUUAAUGGAUUUUGUUGCAGCAAAUGGAGCUAUUGGGGAAGAUGCUACUCAAGUUAUAACAAAACAAAUAUUAGAAGGUAUAUUAUAUGUACAUAAAUUAGGUAUAUCUCAUCGAGAUUUAAAACCAGAUAAUAUAUUAAUUAUGCAAGAUGAUCCAAUUUUUGUUAAAAUUACAGAUUUUGGAUUAGCAAAAUUUAGUGAUAAUUCAACUUUAAUGAAAACUUUUUGUGGAACUUUAGCUUAUGUUGCACCAGAAGUUAUAACUGGGAAAUAUGGUUCCAGUCAAAUUUUAACAGAUUCUCCUAAAAAUAAUUAUUCAUCAUUAGUUGAUAUAUGGUCAUUAGGAUGUUUAGUAUAUGUUUUAUUAACAAGUCAUUUACCUUUCAAUGGUAAAACUCAACAACAAAUGUUUCAAAAAAUAAAACAAGGAGAAUUUCAUGAAUCUCCUUUAAAUUCUUAUGAAAUAAGUGAUGAAGGUAGAGAUUUUUUAAAAUGUUGUUUACAAGUUGAUCCAACAAAAAGAAUUACAGCAGAAGAAGCUUUAAAACAUCAAUGGAUUCAAGAUGCUAUAGAAGAAUCUCAAUAUGAUGAAUCAUCACCAAAAUCUCUUAGUUUAUCACAAUCACAAUCACAACAAUCAAGAAAAAUUGAUAACGGUAUACAUAUUGAAUCAAUGAGUAAAAUAGAUGAAGAUAUAAUGCUUCGACCUUUAGAUAGUGAAAAAAAUAGAAAAUCAACAAAACAACAAGAUUUUAAAAAACCAAAAAGAAUUGUACCAUUACCUCAAUCACAACCACCAUUAACAAAUUUACCAAUGUCACAACCUUUAAAAAGACCUUAUCAUAUUGAUCCAAUAACUAAUAAACGUGAAGAACUGCAUAAAAGAAUUAAAAUUGAUAAUAUAUCAGUAAAUACUAAAUUAUUGAAAAAAUCACAACUUGGAUCAGAAAAUAAAUUAAAACCAUCAUAUUUUAAUUCGAAUCCUUCAUCAUCAUCAUCGUCUUCUUCUUCAUCAUCAUCAUCAUCAAUCUCAAAAAAUUCUUCAUCACCUUCAUCAAUUCCAAAAGAAAUAAAACCUAAUUCAUCAGUGUUAUCAUCAUCAUCAAAUCAAAAUUCAUUAAUUUUAGAACCUUUAUCAUCAUCACUAAAUUCCAAAAUUAUAAAAAUUAAUAAAAAUGAUUUUUCAAUAGGUAGAGCAGAAGUUUGUGAUAUUGUUAUAUCAGAUGAUAGAUUAUCAAAAGUUCAUUGUAUUCUAAAAUUAAAUAAUCAAAUGGAAAUUUGGUUAUGUGAUAUGAGUACAAAUUCAUGUAAAGUAAAUGAUAAAAUUAUUGGAAAAGGAAAUAAAAUAAAAAUUCAAAAUAAUGAUAAAAUUUUUUUAUUUGAAGAUUUACUGACUAAUGAAUUUAUUGGUUAUAAAGCUAAAAUAAAUUUUAAUAAUGAUGAUAAUGAUAAUAUUAAAAUUGAUGAAGUAGAAGAAAUUGAAAAAAAUAAUAGUAAUAACAAUAUAGAUUUAAUAUCUAAAAGAAUUCAAAAACAAAGUAUUGAAGAAAUCAGUCUUAAGAAUCAAUUGAUUCAAAGUAUUAUAUAG